ACAUGAGGCAGAACACUUACAAAAUAAGCAGGAAAGAACAUAACUAAACCCCAAAACCACAACAACUGGAUGUAUUACAAGUACUUUGUAGAAAAGCCACCAACAAACACAAUCACUUAUACACAGUAGGUGUAUGUGAUUGUGUAUGAUCUUUCAUUGGCUCAAUACACUGAAAGACACUCCUGCAGCACCUGAUCACUAUAAUGGUGAACACACACAGCCAGGUCACUACAAUUCAGGCCAUCUUGACCCAGAAGCACAAUUACAAGGUUAAACCCAGAAUGAACCAUGUUGACAGUUUAACUGUGUCAAGUUCUACUCUGUAUUUUUUUUUGUAUUUUUUAAAUACAAAAUAAUGAAUAGAAAUCUCUGCAGACAGUAAAUGUGAAUCCGUGCAUGCUUCCAUCAACUAUGAGAAUAUAUAGUCCCAGAGGACAUGAUAAAAGUGACAAUUAAUUAAGCCCCAAAGUUAUACAGCAUGGCAUCUCAGUGCUGCUUCCCACCCAAAGCAGUGAAUUUGUCUCUUCUGAUCCACGUGUACCCUGUGGUGCUUUUGUUUGCCACUGGGAUGAUACAGAGGAGCCCAGGGGGGCCCCACCGCCCCAGCUUCACUGUGUGGCAAUUGCUGUGUGGUAAUCUGACUAACUGUAACUCUGUUUGGGAGUAUGGGGAUGUACGCUACUGAAGCACAAUAUCAACUGCCAUGACAGGGCUUUCAACUGUGUGCUGCUUUAUAUACAAGUGUUGAAGAGGGGCCCUAUAUCAAAAUCUAGUUUUAAGACCUUUGUUACUUGAGCUGAUACUGUGCUUACAUGAUGCAUAUUUCUAAAUGAAUCUGUGUUUAAUAAAAUGACCUCAGAAAAUCUGGGGCCAACAUAGGAAUACUGUACACAUUAGUAAUACUGCAGCUCAUUUUUGCUCCAGGGUGCAGGUUCAUUUGGCCGUGCCUACACCCGGCUGUAUUCUUUAUUCUCAGGCUCUCUGGUAGAGUGGAGGCAUGAAACGCUGACUGGCUUUGUAUACAGUAGAAGAAGCAUGUACAGCACUGUCAACAUGUGAAAACAAUAUGUUUCCAUAAGCCUUUCUUAAUCUUUUUCCAUUUGCCAACCUCUCCGCUGCAAACAAAAGUAAAAUCUUUUGCCUUUUUAAUCAAAUUUCUGACGUUUCCACCCAGGUUUUGGUGCAAACAUUGAAAAACUGCACAAAAACAGUUGGAUGGAAAUGUUACAGUUAAUCGUGGUCAAGUAUGCAACUUAGUGUGAUGAGGAAACAUGAAGCCUAGUGCACAUACUGUACACUGAGAAUGGACAAUGACAUUAAAAUAUUUGCAUAUUCACAGAUUCUAGAUUUUUCAAUAAGGAAGAAGGACUAGAUGUAAUUUAAAGAAAUCUUAAGAAGGUAAUUGAACUUUUUUUGUGGAAAAAACAUAUCCGACACAAAUUAUUGUUCAAAGCAGAGUAUUUCUGUGUCUUAAAACACAUCUAGAGGGGAUCUUUAAUAUUCUUUCUUGUUUUUCACCAGUGAUGCCCAUCCAACCAGUGCAGAUCCCUUUGUUAGAGGACCUGACCAGCACAAUCCAGAAAAGAAUUGCUGUUGUGACAAUCUUUGACCAGAUGAUGGAGACAAAAUAAACCAUUUGUUUUUUUUUCAAUUUGAAGCUUUCCAACUGUUACCUUUAGUCUCUCACUAAAGUAUAGUUAUUCAUGAGGUGAAAGUUUGGAUUUAAAUAGGAGGUGACCAUUAGAGGGUCCCACACCUUUUCCUGUCAAAAGUCUGAGAGGGUUUUUGUGAGGGGAAUUAUUUACCAUAGGAUCCCAUCACUUGUUGUACUUCAGCUUGGAGUACCAAUAAUAUUGUACUGCUUGUGGGUGAAACAGCAACCAUGAUUUAAAAUGAUAUGUCUGAAUACAUGUUACAAACCAAAGCACUAAACUUGUAUGUAUAAGCUGCAGUCACCAAGUGUAGUCAUAUUGCAAAAUUUUGGCAUGUUCCUUUAAGAGUGGGCUGACAGCCUGAAUGUGUACCAGAGAUGUGAGAGAAACAAAGAGCUCUCACUUCGCUACUGAUUCCUGCUGCAGCAAACACCAUCUCGAAGAGCGGUGGAGGAAAUGCAGACCACAGUCUUAGAUUCAAUGAAAUGAGAAGAAACAUAAAAUAAAAAUAAAACAAUGGGAAAUAUGUAAAUGUUGGCAGUCGACCACUCCAACACCAGUGAGGAAAUGUACAUAAGCACAGGAGCGACAUGCAAAAAAGUAAUCUGAAUGCUGGUCCUUCUUGUAGUGUGGCAAGAAGAAAUAUGUAAUAACAAUAUGUAGCACUAAUAACAUGUGUAUUUUUGCUUUUACUUAUAGGAUAAUAAAUGAGUAAAUUGAAGCUAAAAAGGUUGAUUUAAAGCUUAGGAAUCAAGCCAAGUAAAUAAUUUAACUAACUAAUAAACUAAGUGCAUUUGCAGACAGGAACAAGUGCACAAACAAGAGCCAGUUUGUUUUCGCUUAUUGGAGUGAUCCAUCUUCAAACGCACAGACGAUCUUUGUGUUGUACAAAGACCGCAAAGAACUGACGCCAGCAGCCACAGCGCUCAAACCCCGACUGUGUUUUCGGACAGUGCUGUUGUGCAAGUGAACCAUUCAGCACGGACUGGUGCAAACUUUACUCAGUUUUAGUCUCAUUCACGCCGUGGCCGAGGCCCUUUAAAGCGUUACAGAUGUCAGGACGUGUGAACUUGUAGCCGGUUUGUCGGAGUGCCAAAACACCGGAACAAGAGGUGACAGCAAGUGACAGGAGCUGAGAUUGACAGGCAAGUCCUGAAACAUACUCCUGGUUUUGCUGUUGACCAAUGGAUGAGGAUGAAAUCAUGUGAACGUGUGCUAGCCUCGCAGUGCCAUGGACUUGUAGCUGGGAAAACUCUCACCUCAAUGGACUGGGGGGGACCUCGUCUGCACAUGGUUGACCUUCUGUCAUCAACCUGAGAGGAGUAUCUACGGUGUCAGAGCAGACGUUGGACUCAGACCAGGAAAGAAAACCAGGUUUCUAUGGCUCAAAUAUUGCAGAGAGGUCAGUCAGUGAGCGCAGCCCUGUUAUCACUGUGUGAACAUGAGGAACUCAAUGUCCGGCCAUUUUCAAGGAGAGCUGACUCUACUUAAAUGAGGAAGACAAUGAAGCACAGACCUCGAAGCUGGCUGAUUGACCGACUGACUGACUGAGUGGGUUUGCUCACUGACUGGAGCUGUGGCUAUUUGAGGACUUUGAGGACACGUAACCCAGGGCAGGUACCGGUCGGGUGUUGGAGCCCCACCAUGGGGGAGACGGCAGAAUAUCAGAGGCUGCAGGAGACGUCAGAGCCUCACUACCAACGCCUGCCCAGCGAUGACGAAGAGAAACUGGGCAGUAGCAUGCAAUGUGAGGAAGGCACAGAAUGGCUGCUGGAGCUGCUGAUGGAGGUGCAGCUGCAGCAGUACUUCCUGCGGAUCCGAGAUGACCUUAAUGUCACGCGGCUGUCCCACUUCGACUACGUCAAGAACGAAGACCUGGAGAAGAUCGGCAUGGGUCGACCUGGACAGCGACGACUGUGGGAGGCUGUGAAAAGGAGGAAAGCCAUGUGCAAGCGCAAGUCCUGGAUGAGCAAGGUGUUCAGCGGUAAGCGCCCAGACGGAGGAGACUUCCCCCAGCAGGGCCAGACGGUCUCCUCCUUUCGUAAGCUGUCUCCCACUCCUCCACUGGGCCUCGGGGAGGGAGUCCUGGCCACACAGCCCGGUGGUGGUUCUCCUCUUGAUGGGCAGCAGCAGGCUCUGACCUGCCUUAUCCCAGAGAAGGAUCUGACGCUGUUUGAGAAGCUGGGGGACGGCUCCUUUGGUGUAGUGAAGAGAGGAGAGUGGCUGACGCCUGCAGGGAAGGUGCUGAACGUAGCCGUGAAGUGUCUGAAGACAGAUGUGCUCAGCCAACCCGAUGCUCUGGAGGACUUCAUCUGUGAGGUCAACGCCAUGCACUCCCUGGACCACCAGAACCUCAUUCGCCUCUACGGUGUGGCGCUUACACACCCAAUGAAGAUGGUGACUGAGCUGGCUCCUCUGGGUUCUCUGCUGGAGCGUCUGCGAUGUGUCCGUCCACAGGGCCCAGUGUUGAUCCACACCCUGUGUCAGUAUGCCGUCCAGGUGGCCUGUGGCAUGGCCUAUCUGGAGCAGAGGAGGUUCAUCCACAGGGACCUGGCAGCCAGGAACAUCCUGCUGGCCUCAGCUCACAGAGUGAAGAUCGGUGACUUUGGCCUGAUGAGAGCGCUGCCUAACAACCAUGAGCACUAUGUCAUGCAGGAGCAUCGAAAGGUCCCCUUUGCAUGGUGCGCCCCAGAGAGUCUGAAGACCAGAACAUUCUCCCAUGCUACAGACACAUGGAUGUUUGGAGUCACUCUCUGGGAGAUGUUCACACAUGGCCAGGAGCCUUGGCUGGGCCUUAAUGGGAGCCAGAUCCUGCAUAAGAUUGAUAAAGAAGGUGAACGUCUCCCUAAGCCUGAAGACUGUCCGCAAGAUAUCUAUAAUGUCAUGCUGCAGUGUUGGGCUCAGAAAUCAGACGACAGACCUACCUUUGUCGCCCUGCGUGAGUUCCUGCUUGAGACCAUGCCCACAGACAUGUGUGCUCUGCAGGACUUUGACGAGCCUGACAAACUCCUGAUCCAGGUCAAUGAUGUCAUCACCAUCAUAGAGGGGAGAGCAGAGAACUACUGGUGGCGAGGUCAAAACAAGCGGACCCUUAAGGUCGGACAAUUCCCCAGAAACGUGGUGACAUCAGCAGUGGGUUUGUCUGCUCAUGACAUCAGCCGGCCGCUCAAGAACAGCUUCAUCCACACAGGACAUGGAGACACCAACCCUCAUCACUGCUGGGGCUUCCCUGACAGGAUUGACGAUUUGUACCUCGGUAAUCCCAUGGAUCCUCCUGAUGUCCUUGGUUUACAUCUCAGUGGUGCUCAACCUACACAGCUACCAGGACGAGCUAACAAGGAGCCUCCUCCCCGCCCUCCUCAACCAGCAGUGUUAAUCAAGAGUAAGUCUGGUUUCCCUCAGCAGCCCCUCACCCAUUGCUCCUGCCCUCUCUGUUCCCUCCUAGCGCCACUCCUCAAAGAGCCUUGUUAUGAUCCAGUAAACGAUGAUGAGGAUCUGACUUCGGCAGGACUAAAGAGAUUAUCACUUCGGAAAACAGGUUCUGUCAAAGGCUUAAAACUUAAACCCGCUGCGUGGGUCUCUGCUUCCAAACAGGGGAGUGGCCGGAUUUCAGGCUCAGGUCACAUCCUCAACAGUGAGGUGUCCCUCAUUGACUUUGGUGAGGAGUUCCCCCCGCCCGCACCCUCCCCCUCCCCCUCCCCUGUGAUUGAAAUUCAGAUUCCUUCACUGGCAAAGCUAGCUUUGCAAGCAGAGAACAUCCUGGACCGGACUCCGCCUCAGAGUCCGUCUAGAUCGCUGCCCCGCCCCCUUCACCCUACACCAGUAGUGGACUGGGAUGCUCGGCCAUUACCCCCACCCCCGGCCUAUGAUGAUGUAGCCCAAGACGAAGACGAUAUGGAGGUAAGCUCCAUCAACAGCUCGGAGCAGCAGUACGAAGAGGAGCAGAGUGAUGUCCGUAACCCAGAUGAGGCUCUCAUCUCUGGACAGAAGGUGGAUGGUGAGGCUCUUGUCUCCAGGGGUCCAGACAGAUCAGGCCUGGACGACAACCUCUUUCUCCCCAGCAAGCAGAACCAGGUCCUGUCCACCUCCUUUUCCCAGUCAGCAGAGAUCUUCCAAGAACUCCAGCAAGAGUGCAUGAGAAGGCUCAAUGUACCGACUGGAAGUGCUGCGCGGUCAAGCUCGCCGUACCAGAGCUCAGCCUCGUGUCCCCAGACUCCACAGACCCAGGAGGGACACCAGCAGAGUGUCCUCUUCUCCAAUGAGGACAAACCCCAGAUCCCACCACGUGUCCCCAUACCCCCUCGCCCCAUAAAAAGGGGCGACUACACAUCUGCUCGCUGGUCAAGGGAUCUCUCCCUGUCACCGACGCCAGCUGACACCACAGAGGACAUCUCAGGCUCAAACCAGGACCAGCCACCUCAGAUCCCUCCCAGGGACCCUUUGUCCCAGCCGGGCUCCAGGACUCCCAGCCCCAUGGGCCUGGUAGUGGGCUCCCCCCAGCAGAGAGUCUACUCUGUCAGCCCCACCAUCAUGCAGGCUUCCCUUACCUCCUGCCCCUCCACACACACCUACGGCUCCUACCUCUCCACCUCUCCAGGUAAACUCAUGCCUACCACACACAGCUUUGCCUCAGAUCCUAAAUAUGCUGCACCAAAAGUGAUCCAGGCCCAGGCGCAGGGAAAGGACGCUGCCAGCAAGGGCCCCUGUAUCCUCCCCAUCGUUCGUGAUGGACGUAAAGUCAGUAACACCCACUAUUACCUUCUACCAGAGAGGCCCCCGUACCUCGACCGCUACGACCGCUUCUUCAAGGAGGCAGAGAGCCUGCCUGCCAGCGGUGUGGAGGAAAGGCAUGUACGGCAAGCUAACACCGCCACUGUCAGACCCAUGGUGGUCAGCAGCCAGACACUCCAGGGACACACCCAGGGACAGGGGCUUGUCCAGCCAGGCGAGCUGAAGGCUAAUUUCUCCUCCAACAAUAACAGCAGUCUGGGUGGGUCACGAUCAGGGAUGAAGACAUCAGUUAGUCUCCCUCGCGUCUGUUCAGACGGACUGACAGCACCGGUGGUCAAUGCUUCCUGCACCAGGACAGACGGAGGAGGGAACUCAGCUGACAGGGUGAAAAUGGUGCAGGAGGCAGUUCAUGGUGUGACAAUAGAGGAGUGCCAAGCUGCCCUCCAGAACCACAACUGGAAUGUCCAGAAAGCUGUGCAUUAUCUGAAGGUGGAGCAGUUGUUCUGUUUGGGUUUGAGGAGCAGGUCAGAGUGUCUAAAGCUGCUGGAGAUGUGUGACUGGAACCUGGAGGUGGCCAGCACUCAGAUGUUAGAUAACUAUGGAUCCACAACAAGACAGAGACGGUGACAGAAAUCUCAAGCUGCUGAGCUCUGAGUGGAAAUUCAUCCUCAGAGGAGAUGAAUCUGCUCCUGACCCUUCCCGUUUAUGCUUCAGGCACACCUCCAAUCAGAAGACUGUAAUUUCACUGUGGACGAAUCAAGCACAUUUUCACUGAACUAGCACAAAAUACCAAACUUCAUUAUGGCUCCAGUCAUUCUUAACAUGGACAAAGAAAUUUAGCCUGGGGGGAAAAAAAGAAGACUUUGGGUCACAUUUUGACUUUGGUCUGAAAGAUAUGUGAUUGUUGCACGUAUUAAGAAAUUGCAGACCUCCAUCUACCAUCUUUUUAAAGUUGUUCAAAGACAAAAAAAAAUGACACUGUACUUGUGUCAGCCUGAAAUGUGUCAUCCUUACAGAUCCCUAAAGUGUCACAGAUCCUGGGUGCUACCAUACUGCGUCAGAUGCACUUGCUGGUAUCCUCACUGCCGCUAUUACACUGUUGACCAACUGCGGAGAAAUGCUUUAAUCUUUUCUUUCGUUAAAGGCAUUAAAAAGCCAGUUUGAAAGUGAAUCUAAAGAGGCCAAAAUUAGUUAAAUAGCAUAAUAUUCACUUCCUAAAAAGCUCCAUACUUUGCCAUGAGGUCAUUGUAUUUUGUCAGAAUAUGCCAAGAACUAGUACAGUUUGACUGAAAACUGGUAUCUCAUUUAGUGAACCAUGUAUACUGUAUAGUGUAUGUGCGGAUAGUUCUUUAAAAAAUCAUAUUGUACAUCCACCAUGUAAAAGCACGUAAAAACAAAAUUAGCUUUCCAGGCCAUAUUGUGCAGGAAAUAAUUUGGCCCGUUUACAGUUUAAAGAAAGGUGGGGAUAUGAUUAUGAAGAUUGUUUGCUGCUGAUAGCCUGUUGAGUCCAGGGAAAAUGUGCAGGGACUCUACAAUAAAAAAAAUAAAAAAAUCCUCAUAUCCUCAAUAGUCUAUAUAAUACGUUUUAUAAUUUGGCGAGGUACAUUAGUCAGCAUUGACGCAGUGCUGCACUCUCUGUGCUAAGAGUCAAAGUUUUUUAAAGACCUACAAAACUGUCUGAUUUAUAUUCAAAGGGUGUAAGCAGUAAACCCUUAAUAAAAAGGCAUUUAUGUGUUUGUGAACAAAAUAUUAAUAUAUUAUUGUAAUAUAUUUUGAACACAAUGCUCAGAGACAAGAGAAGACUGCUACGUCCAUUACUGGGCAGGCCAUUUUUAAAGUUAUUUUCAUGUGUCACUCCUUGAGUUAAACACCUAUUGCCUCAUCUGGCAGUGGAAACUUCCUACACCCCAGAUAUAGUCUUUCCUUAUUCCUUCCCUCUAAGCACUUUGCCUACACAGAACUCCUGCGCAUCAGCUGAAAACUCCUGCCAGCUUGGUAUUUUCUGUGUACGCCCAGACUCUGUUGGCAGCUAAUAACAGCAACGUAGUGAAAUUUGCCCCAAGGCACAGAUCCUGUCCCAUAAUCAUCACGUAAAACCACAACUGUGAUAUUUUGGUCAGCAGCUUUAGGGGCAAUAAUUUAUAACUGGGUGAUCUCACUGCUGGAUGUGACAAUACAUCUUCUGACUGGGUAUCGUCACAGUAGCGCCCUUAGCCCUGAAUGGUUCAAAACUAAGUUAGCAUAGAAAACUUUUGGGCCUAUCUGCCUUUUGUUCUCCCGUUUUAUUCCAGAUGCACUUAGUAUGUGAGGACUCCUCUAAAAGGACAGGAAAUAAAAGGCAUUCCACAAUUUAUGUGGUCAACCAAAUAUAAAAAAACCCCAAUACUUUACAGGCAAUUUCUGGUCAACACACAUGAUCCCUACGGUGCUUCUCUCUAUAGAAAAAAAGAACCCUCUUUGCCAACUGGCCAUAUAAAUGUGUUACGUCUACAUGUAGACACUGGCUUUGCUCCAAACCACCCAGCCUCUCCAUAUGUCCACAAAACCCCCAGUAUGUGACUGAGCACAAUCUGUUUGUGCAGAAACUUCAUAUGGUCUCUGAAAAAGCUAACAUGGAACCACAACAAGCCUGCUAUCUGCCUGGGCAAAUUAAGAGGCUUUAAAAACCGAACAAAACACGUGUUUGGAAUAUCUUUCUAAAGGAUGCACAGGACUGAUUUUGGAUGACAACCUCCAGUAAAAGCUCUCUCCCGUGUGCAAUAAGGCUGCUGUAGAACCUGUAACCUCCCAGUCUGUCCAUCCAUCAGUGCCAUCCAGUUGUGUAAAAAGAGCUUUCAGCUCUGUCAUGAUGUAUUCUAGUAAUUGAACUCACAGGAAACACCGUUUUCAGUAUGAAGUGUUUGGUGACUCAGUUUUCCUCCCUAGAGUAGGAUGAAGUUGUCCUUAAACACCGAUCCAGAGUCAGUUUUGCCAUUUUCCCUUCUGAUGUGCUAUGAUAAAGCUGAUUGUUAACCAGUGCAUAAGGACAACUUGAUGUGAGUGCCGCCUCCACAGUCUGUUCAUGUGUUGUUUGUCUUUAUACCAAGCUGCUGUAGUUGUAUUGAAGGACUGAAGUGAACCUUGUGGUGUUAUGAUCAACCCAAAGCAACAUUCUCCUGUUGUUGUGUUGAGACUCUUAGAAAACUCUGUUCUGUUUAGUCUUUGUUUGCCAGAUCUGUUUCUUCAGAAACUGUCUGCUAUUUUAAGUCAUUUAUCUUGUUUUUGCUGUUUUCCUUCAAUCCAACUUGCCAUUUCUUCCUCAUUUGUAUGUAUUUGCUUCCCAGAAUGUGUUUUAUUUUAAAUGCCUACUGUACAGUUGGUUUUCAUUGUUUCUCUCCUCCUGGGUUGAUGGAAAUGUUUGAGAAGUUCAUGCUGCCGAAUUUAUAAAUGUAUUUUUUAUUAAAGAAUUAAUUAUUUUUUA